GGGAGAUCAUGGCAGGCUUGUCAUCGAGACAUGGCCUCACGAAGCUCCUCGCGCUCCCCCCGUCUCUGCGACGAAGCCUCUACUCUACCGCCGCGACACUGUCCAGCACCCCCGAGCUCUACGAUGUCGUCUGCAUUGGCGGCGGACCCGCGGGACUGUCUCUCAUCUCGGCCUUGCGAUCAAAUGCAUCGACCAAGAACCUGAAGAUCGCCCUGAUUGAUGGCCAGGAGUUGAAGGCUUCGUCGUCAAAUGACCCCAAGGCUUUCUCGAAUCGAUGCUCGUCCCUCACGCCAUCGUCGGUGCGAUUUCUCGAUCAAAAUGGAGCGUGGUCCUACAUCAACGCGGCGAGGACACAGCCAUACCACGGCAUGGACGUCUGGGACGGCGUGAGUGGGAGCAAGAUACACUUUGAUCCGCUCGACACUGCGGGGGGCGGCAUACUAGACACAAUCGCCGCCGCUAUACCAGGGAGUAGCUUGCAGCAGAGUAGGCGAAGGUACGAGCAGGAAGAUGUCAAUACCGUGGCUACCAUGUGCGAGAACAGCAACUUGACUUCUGCACUGCUGAGACGUCUGCAAGAUGCCGACGCUGUAGACGCGAUGGACCAGACGCGCGUGGAGUCAAUCACGUACGGACCAGAAGCGAAGGAUGACGAUUCGCUCGAUCUGUCGCUAUGGCCAAUUGUGAACCUGCCAGGGGACAGGUCGUUGGCAGCGAGGCUGCUCAUCGGAGCAGAUGGUGCCAACAGCCCGGUGAGAGCAUUUGCAAACAUUCCAAGUCAUGGCUGGGACUACGGCCAGCAUGGUGUAGUUGCCACUCUCGACCUCGAUCGGCCAUUCAGCCAGGCCGAUCUAAGGACUGCAUAUCAACGCUUCCUGCCCACAGGUCCCAUCGCACUACUACCAUUGCCGGGCAACAAAGCCAGUUUGGUCUGGUCAAUCACAGCGCCACUCGCUGCGAAAUUGAAGCAGCUUUCCUCCCACAACUUCACCACCAUGGUCAACGCCGCCUUCCGCCUUAUGAUGGUAGACAUUGAAUAUCUCAUGCACAACCCUCGGUCGGACCUUGCAGACGAACUGUCCUGGCGUGAACCACACACCGACCCUCGAGCAACUGGCCUUCCUUCCACUCUGCCACGCGUUGUUGGUGUCCAAGAAGGCACCAUCGCAUCCUUCCCUCUCCGCAUGCGACACGCAGAUACAUAUACGGGCCAUCGCGUCGCACUCAUCGGUGAUGCAGCUCACACGGUCCAUCCGCUUGCAGGCCAAGGUCUGAACCUCGGUUUGGCAGAUGCGGAGGCACUGGCAAAUUGUAUUGCACACGGCGUGAAUCACGGCAUGGAUAUCGGCAGCUGCUGGGCUUUGGACGAAUACAACUCUCAGCGCUGGGCAGCGAAUAACGCCAUGUUGGGGGUGGUGGAUAAGUUGCAGAAGCUGUACUCCGCCUCUUCCGGACCUGUCGUCUGGGGCAGAAGUCUCGGCUUAGAUCUGGUCAACCGGCUGGGACCACUAAAGGGCGCGCUAAUGGGUGCGGCUGGCCGAUAGCUAAACCUGCCAUACCUCCUACCCUAGCUUUUUACCUUUUUUACCUACCUUAUACACUCGUGCCCCAGAACCAAGGUUUCUGCCAAGUACAUAACUAGGAGGUACGUGUAAGCCGGAUCUCGUCAGAACACCUUGGCUGUGACGCAGAGGUUCCAGCUUCGGCUGCUUAGCAUUGAUCAAAUCAAAAAAUUGGUUGGAGAGCUAGGAGGUACUAGUAUUGGCAAUACUAGAAGGCGUCUGAUGAUCCUUUCUCGGAUUCCCUACAAUCUGUGCAGUUUCAAGCAAAGACAGCGUGCAGCCGCGAUAGCCAAUAUUCCCGAGCUCCGGGCAGCCCUAGCCUCUGAUCCUUGUCCUCCUGACGGUCUCUCAGGCCACCGCAUUGCCCCAUACAAGCACAGUUACAAAUGACACUCAUCAACAUCAUCAAUUCGCGGAAAUCGAUGCAGCGAAGCUUCUCGCGCGCGGUGCACUGUCCGACUUCAUAAUCGCAAGACGAAUUGCAAUCAGGUCCAGACACGUGGUUGCGUAGAGCCGUCUCAAUGAGCAUACAUUCGUUACAUAUCCAUUUCUCGUGUCAUGUCUCAAUGCGAAUAGGCGACAAUUCCUUUAGAGCAACGCAGCACCGAGGAGCGCAAGCAGGGCUGGCCCACCAGUCGCCAUCUUGGUGGCCGCAGCACCGGAAGAAGUUGUACCAGAGGAAGUCCGACUGGACGAAGUGCCUGACAUCCUACCCGACAUCGUCUCUGAAGCGCUGGCGAUCGCUCCCCCACUCUGGGAAGAGCCUGUUGGUGUUGGUGAUGAUUCUGCACUGAAAGAUCCGCCUGCAGCAGUGUUGGCCUUCUGACCCAUAGUAGGCAGCGAACCUGCGGCGAGCCAAGCUCCAGGGGUUGUUUCAGGGCAUGCGGGUGCAGUGAGUGAAGGCGAGUAUGCAGCAGACUGGACGCCUGAUGGCGAAGCAGCAGCCCACUGGGACUUCAAAUUGUUGAAGUCUGGCUGAAUCGGCGUUGGUGUACCUCGAAUCGUGAAGCCACCUGCAACAUUCGCACCAGUGACGGUAGCGUCAACAGCUGGUCCGUAUGAAAUCAGUCCGUAGUCGUUCGCUUCUUCAAUCCACUCGUAGAUGAUGGCUCCAGACCAUGUACCCGACAUUUCUGGGCCGAAGAUGGCUGCUUGGUCUCCUGUAAUGCAACCCAAUUAGUAUGCCGGCAGUGGAGGCAUCAGAAUCGGAAAGACGUACCAAAUGUUCGUGGCUUGAUGACCUGGCAGCCCGUUUCGGAGAAAAAGAUU